AUGACAGCCCCCGAACUCACCCUCAUCGUAGCCGCAACCCGCAGCAUGGGGAUAGGCUUCCAGGGGACCAUGCCCUGGAAGGGCCUCAAGCGGGAGAUGCAGUAUUUUGCUCGCGUCACGACGCGGGUUCCCGCCUCAUCGCAGGCCCCCCAAAACGCAGUCAUCAUGGGCCGCAAAACAUGGAAUUCCAUCCCCCCCAAAUUCCGACCCUUGAAGAACCGCCUCAACAUCGUCAUCAGCCGCUCCGCCGCCGCUGCCGCGAAAGCCCCCUCCUCAUCACCAUCAUCGCCACCAUCAGCCAGCGCCGAAGAGAUCCGCGUCCCCUCCGUCGAGGCGGCCCUGCAGUACGCCCACGAAGCCGCCAGCGCGGGGACCGGCGCCCGCGUCUUCGUCAUGGGCGGCGCGCAGAUCUACGAGGCUGCGCUGCGGCACCCGGCCGCCAGGAGGGUGCUGCUGACGAGGAUCGAUGCCGACUUUGAGUGCGACGUGUUUUUCCCGCUGGACCUGAGGGCGGAUGGAGGAGGAGGAGGAGGGGGAGGGCCCGAGGGGUGGAGGAGGAGGUCGAGGGAGGAGCUGCAGCGGUGGACGGGGGAGGAGGUCGAGGAGGGGGGGCAGGAGGAGGCGGGCGUCAGGUAUGAGUUUGAGAUGUGGGAGAGGGAUUGA